AUGGCAUCCUUCUCCAUCUUCCGACCCGCCCUGCAUGCCGGCGGUGGCCUGAACCCGCUGGCCUCGUCUGCGUCGCGCAUGGGCCUCGGCAUCAGGCCGGCCCAGCUGCGCACCUACUACGGCAAGCGCGUCCUCCCCAAGGCCUUCCAGAAGCCCGCCCCGCAGGCCGUCGCCAGGACCCGCGUGGCGCCCGCGUCCCAGUCCCGCCUCGGCCUCGUCGUCGGCGGAUCCAUCGUCGCCGCCGUCGGCCUCUCGUCGUUUGCCGGUCAGAAGGUGCACUGUGAGUCGGCGAGACCCUAUGCGCAGCCGCAGCCCGGCGUGGGCAACGCCAACGGCCCCAUCCUCCAGGAGGAGCCCAAGAGCAGCGUCAACGUCUACCAGCUCUCGUUUGGCACCGUCUGCGGCCUGUGCGCUGGCAUCUUUAUCAAGAAGGGCGCCAAGGCGAUUGCGUUCCUGCUGGGCGGCGUCUACAUCCUGCUCCAGUACCUCAACACGCAGCGCCUGGUGAGCGUCAACUGGUCGGCGAUCGGCAACCGAUACGACCGGCUGGUCAACGGCGCUGCGGGCGGCGAGGCCGGCAGCUCGUCUGCGACGGGCUACGCUGGCAGCACGGCGCAGCGCCUCUGGAACCGUACCACGCACUUUCUCAUGGCCGACUUCCAGCCCCGCGCCACGUUCAUGGCCGGUCUGCUCCUCGGCCUGCGCCUGGGUUAG